AUGGGAAGUGUUUGUAAGAAACAAGAUGACGAAAAUGAACUUAAUAGUUUAAUCCCAAAAAAGAAAGGAGACACCAUCACCAUAUCCUAAAACCAUGGAGGAGGGUCUUAGAUCAUCUAAAAAAAGAGAAGCACUGGAAACAAAGGAGAUUAUGAACCAGAUGCCGUUGUGGAAAAAAUAGAAGUGGAACUUAAACGUAAUGAUAGGAAAAAGUUGGUUAAGGUUGAAGCUCGUUAGGACCAAGAGGAAAUAGUUGAAAACAUCUAAAAAAGUAAUAAAAAAAAGUCGCCUUUUGAUUACUAACUUAUUUUGAACUCAUUCACCACAAAUUCACUAUUUUAAUCCCUUUCCCAAUAGGAACAGGAAGCUAUUUUAGAAUAGAUGUUUUAUUGCACUACAUCAGACGGUCAAUUUGUAUUCCGAUAGGGAGAUUUGAAGGCAAGCUCCUUUUUUCUAAUUGAACGUGGCUAGUGUCAGAUCAUUAUAGAUGGAGAAGUGAAGAAAGUAUUAAAACAAUCGGACUCAUUUGGAGAGAGAGCACUAUUAUACAAUGCUCCUAGAUCUGCAUCUGUGAGAGCAGUAGGGGAUUGUGCAUUUUGGGCUAUUGAUAGAAAUCUAUUUAGAAAAAUGAUUGAGGAUAUGAGAAUGCAUGAAUUUGAGGAGAAUAGACAAUUCGUAGAAAAUUUGAAAUCAUUUGAAUUUUUAACUUUUGAUUAAAGAACAGCCAUCUCAAGUGUGUUGUUUACAGUGCAAUUUAAGAAAGGAGAGAUUAUAGUAUAACAAGAUGAAACAGCAACUUCAUUUUUCAUCAUCAAAAAGGGAUCAGUUUCAGUGAUAUAGAAUGACAAUGAGAUUAGAAAGAUGAAGAAAGGCGAGUCAUUUGGAGAGAUGGCAUUAUUCUAGAAUUCUAAAAGAGGAGCCACAGUAAAAGCAGCAGAAGAGGAUGUGAGAUGUCUUGUGAUCACAAGAGAUGAAUUAACUAAAAUCUUAGGAGAUAAAAUCUAAGUUAUUAUGUUCACGAAUAAAUAAAUAUGGGCUAUUCAAAAACAUCAAGUCUUGGGAUAAUUAACUGAACUCCAAAUUCAAAAAAUUGUCCAAAAUUUGAAUCAAUUCAAUUAUGAACAAGGUGUUGUUGUCUUUGAGGAUAAAGUGUAGAAAUUGGUGAUUGUGUUAAAAGGAGAACUAAUAUUUACUGGGUCUAAAAUGAAAGCCGCUAGUGAAGGUUAAGUUUUUGGUGACGCUUACUUCAAUAAGUAACAACUCAGUGACCCAGUCAUUGCCAAAGAUAAAUGCAUACUAGCAGAGAUUGAUUUCAAACGAUUUGAAGAAGUCAUUGGUGGUGCCUUAGAUCAAGUUAUUAAUAAAAAUUAAAAAAUCAGUGAGAAACACAAGAAACAAGAGAGUUAGAAACAUGAUUAUUCCCAUCUUAAGCUAGAAGAGUUCAUUUCAUUAAAGAAAUUGGGAUAAGGAUAAUUUGGAAAUGUCUACUUGGUCAAAAAUCCAAAGGACAAUCCUAUUCAUUUUUAUGCUUUGAAAUGCAUAUCCAAAGCAUAGAUUGUUGAUUAGCAUCUAGAAAAGCAUUUAGCAUAAGAAAAGUAAGUAUUGACAUCUGUGCAUCAUCCAUUUUUAAUGAGAUAUUAUUGCAGUUUCAAGGAUUCCAAUCAUGUAUUCUUCCUUGUAGAAUUCAUCAAAGGAAUGGAACUCUUUGAUGUGAUUAGAGAUAUUGGUCUAUUGAGUGCUUUUGAUACUCAAUUCUACAUUGGGUCUCUCAUCUUAUGCAUAGAGUAUCUCAAUAAACAAAAGAUUGUUUACAGAGAUAUCAAACCUGAAAACAUCAUGGUUGAUGAAAAAGGAUAUGUUAGACUAAUUGAUAUGGGAACCGCAAAGUUUCUAAACCAUAAAAGUGGUAGAACUUAUACUAUCAUUGGAACUCCUCAUUACAUGGCCCCAGAAAUCUUGCAAGGCAAGGGUUAUACAUUCCCUGUUGACAUCUGGUCAAUUGGUAUUUGUAUGUACGAGUUUAUGUGUGGAUAAGUUCCAUAUGCUGAAGAGGCUGAAGAUCCAUAUGAAAUCUAUGAGGAUAUCUAAAAGAAGCAAUUAUCCUAUCCUCAAUUUCUCAAAGACAGAAAGGCUAAGAAGUUUAUGGAGCAAUUGCUUAAUAAAACACCUGAGUUGAGAUUGGGAGGGUCCUAUGCCAGUUUGAAGGCCAAUUCAUGGUUUGACUAAUUUGAUUGGGAUAAACUGUAUGAUAAGGAAAUGAAGGCUCCUUAUAUGCCACCUUAAUAGAAGAUGCCAGCUACAGGUAAAGAUGUGUAGGGUACUCCAAUAAUGAAAGAACUCCAAAAUCUGAACGCCCAAGUCUAUAAAAAGGAGAAAGCGAAAGAUCCUAACUGGGAUCAAGAAUAUUGA